AUGUUAUUCUAUAGACCUACCAUUAGAAUGGUAUUAAGUCCACUUCAAGGUGUAAGGUUACAGUCAUCUUAUACUAAUAUCACCAAAUUGACCAAUUUGACAGAGUUUAAGAACCUCAUCAAGCAAAAUGACAAAUUAGUCAUUGAUUUUUAUGCCACUUGGUGUGGUCCAUGUAAGAUGAUGCAACCACAUUUAACAAAAUUGAUUCAAGCCUAUCCUGACGUAAGGUUUGUCAAAUGUGACGUGGAUGAGUCACCAGAUAUCGCAAAAGAGUGCGAAGUGACCGCCAUGCCCACUUUCGUUCUUGGCAAGGAUGGACAACUUAUUGGCAAGAUUAUUGGAGCAAAUCCUGCUGCGCUAGAAAAGGGGAUUAAGGACUUCUAA